CCUCCUCUAGUGAGACUCCUUGAUCCUCACGUCCACAGACCGGCUCAGACCCACGCACAAGCGACUUCCAUCCGGAUCACCAAUGGCGCUCUCAUCUCACUUCUGAAUCCAGAGGAGGAGGCGAGGACCGCAGAGGCUCCGUCCGAAGCUGCGUGUCGCAUAUAUCGAUAAAGUCACCAACAGAGAAAGUGCUGAUCUGGGACCAGCCGGAGAAGGACGAGAUGGGUGUGUGGACAGCCUUGAUCCUGGCCUCGCAGCUGCUGUUGAAUCUGAGCUUACAAGUGGAUGCACAAGCUUUAGUCUACGAUCUGCUCACCUCGCCCGAUUGCCUGCCAGACCUGCUGCAGGGGGGUCUGGUGGAGCAAGGGGUGCACGAGGCUUUCAUCCUAACCUCCUUCAAGUUGCAGCCCAAGACCGGAACCAGCGUGUUUUCCCUGUUCAACCCUCGGGACAACAGCAAGUACUUUGAGUUCACGGUGAUGGGGAAGCUCAACAGAGCCGUGCUGCGCUACCUGCGGAGUGACAAGAGGACGAGCUCGGUGACCUUCAACAACCUGGUCCUGGCCGACGGCCAACAGCACCGGCUGCUGUUCCACCUGAAGGGGAUGCAGGCGCCCGGGCCGGGCGGGGUGGAGCUGCACCUGGACUGCAGGCUGGUGGAGACGGUCAGGGACCUACCCGCCGCCUUCCAAGGUCUGCCGGCAGGCUACGGGACGGUGGAGCUGAGGACCAUGCAGGCCAGGGACCAGGAGAGCUUAGACGAGCUCAAGCUGGUGGUCGGGGACACGUUUGAGAACGUCGCGGCGCUGCAAGACUGCCACUUUCAUCAGAGAGACUCCGUCCAAACGCUCGGGGUCAACACGAAGCAGCUGUCCAAUCAGAUGCUGGACUUAACCAAGGUGAUAAACGAGCUGAAGGACGUCCUCAUUCAGCAGGUCAAAGAGACGUCGUUCCUCAGAAACACCAUCUCAGAGUGUCAGGCCUGCGGUCUCGGGGGCUCCGAGGUGGUGAAACCCAGGUGCGCACCAGGCGUCUGCUUCCGCGCCAACCUGUGUAUAGAGACCAGGGACGGUGUCGAGUGUGGGCCGUGUCCGGAUGGCUACACCGGGGAUGGCUUCAACUGUGACGACGUGGACGAGUGCCAGUUUAACCCCUGCUACCCCGGAGUGAAGUGUGUGAACACCGCCCCGGGCUUCCGCUGCGACGCCUGUCCGCUGGGCUACAGCGGCCUGGCGGUGGAGGGCGUGGGCGUUGUGUAUGCCCAGACCAACAAACAGGUCUGCGACGACGUCGACGAAUGCAAAGCACCCAACAACGGAGGCUGCGCCGCAAACUCCGUCUGUCACAACUCUGUGGGCUCUUACCACUGUGGCAGCUGCAAGACGGGCUUCACUGGAGAUCAGGUGAAGGGCUGCAAGCCCGAGAUCAGCAUCAGCUGCGGCAACAGUCUGACCAACCCCUGCGAUGCCAACGCACAGUGCAGCUCGGAGAGGGACGGGUCGGUCCACUGUCAGUGUGGAAUCGGCUGGGCCGGGAACGGCUUCCUGUGCGGGAAGGACACAGACAUCGACGGAUACCCGGAUGAGAAACUCAAGUGCAAAGAUGUGAACUGUAAAAAGGACAACUGCAUGUUCGUCCCCAACUCGGGUCAGGAGGACGCGGACAGGGAUGGUUACGGAGACGCCUGUGACGAGGAUGCCGACGGGGACGGCAUCCUCAACGAGCAGGACAACUGCAGGUUGAAGGCCAACGUGGACCAGAGGAACACCGACAAGGACGGCCACGGCGAUGCCUGCGAUAACUGCCGCAUGGUGGAGAACCCCGACCAGAGGGACACCGACCGCGACGGCAAAGGGGACGCCUGCGACGACGACAUGGAUGGAGACGGCCUGAAGAACUUUCUGGACAAUUGCCAGCGUGUCCAGAACAGGGACCAGCUGGACCGGGACGGAGACGGCGUGGGAGACGCCUGUGACAGCUGCCCCGACAUCCCCAACCCGAACCAGUCCGACAUCGACAACGACCUGGUGGGAGACUCCUGUGACACAAACCAAGACAGCGAUGGCGACGGUCACCAGGACACCAAGGACAAUUGCCCGUUCGUGAUAAAUAGCUCGCAGCUGGACAGCGACAAAGACGGCCAGGGCGACGAGUGCGACGACGACGACGACAACGACGGGAUCCCCGACUCUCUGCCGCCGGGUCCGGACAACUGCCGGCUGGUACCCAAUCCCGACCAGAUCGACGACAACAGUGACGGAGUUGGAGACAUCUGCGAGUCUGACUUUGACCAGGACAAAGUGAUUGACAGGAUUGACAACUGUCCCGAGAACGCGGAGGUCACGCUGACCGACUUCAGGGCCUAUCAGACGGUGGUACUCGACCCCGAGGGCGACGCCCAGAUUGACCCCAACUGGGUGGUUUUGAACCAGGGAAUGGAGAUUGUGCAGACGAUGAAUAGCGACCCGGGACUUGCUGUUGGCUACACGGCGUUCAGCGGCGUGGACUUUGAGGGAACGUUCCACGUGAACACGGUGACCGACGACGACUACGCCGGCUUCAUCUUCGGCUACCAGGACUCGUCCUCCUUCUACGUGGUGAUGUGGAAGCAGACCGAGCAGACCUACUGGCAGGCGACCCCCUUCAGAGCCGUGGCCGAGCCCGGCAUCCAACUCAAGGCCGUGAAGUCCAGGUCCGGCCCCGGGGAGCACUUGAGGAACUCGCUGUGGCACACGGGAGACACCAACGACCAGGUGCGCCUGCUGUGGAAGGACCCCAGGAACGUGGGCUGGAAGGACAAGGUGUCCUACCGCUGGUACCUGCAGCACCGGCCACAGGUCGGAUACAUCAGGGCCCGUUUUUACGAAGGAACGGAGCUGGUGGCAGACUCCGGGGUCACGAUCGACACGACCAUGAGGGGAGGGCGACUCGGUGUGUUCUGUUUCUCUCAGGAAAACAUCAUCUGGUCCAAUUUGAAGUACCGCUGCAACGACACCAUCCCAGAGGACUUCCAGGAGUUCAGCACGCAGCACAGCGCCGACCCACACUAAAGCCGAGGGACCAAGGAAAAAAACAUGACACCAGCUGCUUCUGUGUGUGUGUGUGUGUGCGUGCGCGCGUGUGUGUGUGUGCUGAUUGAUUUGUUUCAAUACACAUGUGAUCACCAUCGCGGUACUGUGUGUAUCAUCACGUCCGUGGCCCAAUUGUGUUUUUUUUAACAGUUUGAUUAUCUCUCAAAGAAUUAUUUUGAGCUCAUUAUGCGGAAAGGUUUUAAGUUGUAAUUAUUUUUACGCUACGUGAUACGACAAAAAAAACAAACAA